GAAGCCAUAAAACUGUAUGGAAAUGGUAUCUCAUCAAGAAAAGUUUCAUCUAAUACAGGUAUACCUACAACAAAUUUUUUGAGAUAUUAUAAAAAAUAUAAAAUGGCUGGCACUAUGCCCAAGAUAGGCCAAGAUAAUAAACAAAAAAUUUUUGAUAUUGAUGAAGAAAAUAAAAUUGUUGAAUAUCUUAUUUCAUGUAGUAAAACGUUUUAUGGUUUAUCUGUUAAAAAGAUAAAGAUUCAAGCAUAUUAUCAUGCUAUUCAAUUAAACAAAAAAAUACCCAAAUCAUGGACAAUUAAUAAAAUGGCCGGUGAAGAAUGGUUUUCUUCAUUUAUGAGAAGAAAUCCAAGAUUAUCUCUAAGAUCGCCUGAGGCCACUAGUUUAGUUCGAGAUGAAUACUGGAUCAACAUGAAUUAAGACCUAUGUCAAUUUAUAAUAUAGACGAAACAGGCCUGACAACUGUGCAAAACCCAUCAAAAAUUGUUGCGCAGAAGGGUCAGAAACAAGUUGGAGCCAUCACUUCUGCAGAGCGAGGCACUUUAUUAACAAUGGCGCUGGCUGUUAACGCUUUAGGGAAUUAUAUUCCCCCCAUGUUUAUUUUUCCACGUAAAAAAUUUUAUAAUCAUUUUAUAAGAGACGGUCCUCAGGGAUGUAUUGGUGCCAACGGAUCUGGAUGGAUGCAAGAAGAUGAAUUUCUUACUUUUUUAUAUCACAUUGUUUAUAAUACCAGAUGUAGCCAGAAAUUUAAAAUUUUGGAUAAUCACAUAUCCCAUCAAUCAU